AGAUAUUUUCUUUCUCGCUUUUUUCCUGUUUUGAAGCCGAUUUCUUCGGAAGAUGAUAUUUACUUGAAUUGAUAAUGUUCUUUCUAUACUGCGCUUCUGUAUACCAAUAGAAUUCUGGGAAGCUUUGAGAUUCUGUGCUGUUUUUGAUAAAUUUUUUUUGGUUUUCGCGGUCGACUUGCUGGCUUUUAGUUGAUGAUGUUCUCGAGACUUCUAGUUUUGAGUUUGGUGCAGCACUGAGUAUAUGAAUAGUGGAUUGAAGGAAAAAGAAGAAGAAGAAGAAGAAGAUUUGAAGUCUUUGUUACUGGCUUACCAAUAGGUGAAGAAUGAAUGUUGAAUUGUUGCUGUGAUGGUGGUGUUGUAUUUUGAUCCAUAAUGGAUUCUGCAAGGAGUUGGUUUCAGAAAUUUCAGCCUAGAGCUGAUAGAGUGAGGCCUGGACAGACCACAAAGAAAGAAACAGAGAAUGGAAAGGAUGCACAGAAGCCUCCACUUGAUGAUGCACCUUCAACUGUCACAAAACAGAAGGCUGCUGCUGCAAAGCAGUACAUUGAGAAUCAUUACAAGGCUCAAAUGAAGUCCUUGCAAGAUAGGAAGGAGAGACGUUGGGUUUUGGAGAGGAAGUUAGCCGAUGCUGAUGUUUCCCCUGAAGAACAGAACAAUCUUCUCAAACACUUAGAGAAGAAGGAGACAGAGUAUAUGCGCCUUCAGAGACAUAAAAUGGGUGUCGAUGAUUUUGAACUCCUGACAAUAAUAGGAAGGGGUGCAUUUGGAGAGGUGAGGCUCUGUAGAGAAAAGGCCACUGGUCAUGUGUAUGCGAUGAAAAAACUAAAGAAAUCUGAGAUGCUUCGCAGAGGCCAGGUUGAGCAUGUUAAAGCUGAAAGGAAUCUCCUUGCUGAGGUUGACAGUGCUUUCAUUGUCAAGCUCUACUGUUCCUUUCAGGACGAAGAGUUUUUGUAUCUCGUAAUGGAAUAUCUUCCUGGAGGAGACAUGAUGACAUUAUUAAUGCGCAAGGAUACCUUGACAGAGGAUGAGGCCAGGUUUUAUGUUGCAGAGACUGUCCUUGCCAUCGAGUCUAUUCACAAGCACAAUUACAUUCACAGGGAUAUCAAGCCUGACAAUUUGUUGCUCGAUCGUAAUGGCCACAUGAAGCUUUCGGAUUUUGGGUUAUGUAAACCCCUGGACUGUAGCAGUUUUCCAAAUCUUAGUGAAAAUGAUUCUGGAGCGGGAAGGAAUUUCAAAACUACAACGGAGAGUGAUAGAUAUUCCAACGCACCUCCUGCACCAAGGCGUACACAGCAGGAGCAGCUAUUACACUGGCAAAAGAACCGGCGGAUGUUGGCUUAUUCCACAGUUGGGACUCCUGACUAUAUUGCUCCUGAAGUUCUGCUGAAGAAAGGAUACGGAAUGGAGUGUGAUUGGUGGUCGCUUGGAGCAAUUAUGUAUGAGAUGCUUGUAGGUUAUCCACCAUUUUAUUCUGAAGAACCAAUGUCAACUUGCAGAAAGAUAGUAAACUGGAGAACUCACUUGAAAUUCCCUGAAGAGGCAAAGCUCUCUGCUGAGGCAAAAGAUCUCGUAUGCAAACUUCUGUGCAAUGUAGAACAGAGGCUUGGGACCAAAGGAGCACAUGAAAUAAAAGCACAUCCAUGGUUCAAAGGCAUCCCAUGGGACAGACUAUACCAGAUGGAAGCGGCUUUUAAACCAGAGGUUAAAGAUGAGCUGGAUACUCAGAACUUUGAAAAGUUUGAGGAGUCAGGUCCUGCAAUGAAAAAUUCAUCAAAGUCUGGUCCAUGGAGAAAAAUGCUUUCAUCCAAGGAUGUAAAUUUUGUGGGUUACACGUACAAGAAUUUUGAAAUUGUGAAUGACAAUCACAUGCCUGGCAUUGUUGACUUGAAGAAAAAGACUAAUAAGCCGAAGCGGCCAUCAAUCAAGUCAUUGUUUGACACGGCUGAUUCUCAUGAUCAGCCUGCCCAAGGAAGCUUUAUCAGCAUGUUGCCUACUCAAGUGGAGGUCUCCGAAAGUCCUGAGCAAUCACCUGUUCGCCCUAGUAGACCCCCACCAUAUCAGCACAAGCCUUCACACAGAUAACAAACAAGGCAAGCCUCACAUGUAACUAUUAAUAGUAAAAGCAAACUGAUAGUAGGGAAAACAAAAGAAAGUGAAUGAAAUAGAUUCUUCGUUUUGUUUUUUUGGGUUUUGCAGUGUUUAUGCCUUCGUUAUUCAGUUUUUAUUAAAAGAAACAAUCCCUAUAACCCAGAUGGAAUAGGAUGAAGAAAGGAGGGAAAAAGAUGGUCUAGUUUGACCCCGCUUUGUAAAUUUAUUUCCAGCUACUGUCACUGAGGGGUUUGUAUUCUUGGCUCCUCUGAUUGUGUCAUAUAUGGAAUAGUAAAUACUAUACUUUUCUG